AUCUGUGACGUAGAAACGGGGCAGGUCUUUUUAAUCCAAACACCUACGACAUCUAGGCUAUCUAUUUAUCGUUAUUCAGUAUUUUCAAGUACAUAUAUCCUUAACUGUAAACGACGACGGCAACACCAUGGCCGCACAGAAAAUAAACGAAGCUCAUGAGCACAUCGCAAAAGCGGAGAAAUGUUUAAAAACAAAUCUAACCAAGUGGAAGCCAGAUUAUGACACUGCUGCGUCCGAGUAUGCCAAAGCUGCUGUGUGUUUCAAGAAUGCCAAACAGUUUGAGCAAGCAAAGGAUGCCUACCUGAAGGAGGCAGAAUAUCACACAGAAAAUAAAACACUAUUUCAUGCUGCGAAAGCAAUUGAGCAAGCUGGGAUGAUGAUGAAGGACAUGAAGAAGAUGCCAGAGGCUAUCGAAUACAUAGAAAAAGCCAGCAUGAUGUAUGUGGAGAAUGGAACUCCUGACACAGCAGCAAUGGCUUUGGACAGGGCUGGCAAACUCAUUGAACCUAUGAGCUUGGAGAAAGCUGUGGACUUGUAUCAGAAGGCAGCAUCUGUUUUUGAAAAUGAGGACCGUCUUCGUCAAGCAGCUGAACUUUUGGGGAAAGCCUCCAGACUCCUGGUCCGGUUGCGCAGGCUUGAUGAAGCUGCAGUGGCUCUUCAGAAAGAGAAGAACAUGUACAAAGAUAUUGAAAACUAUCCAAUGUGCUUUAAGAAAACAACUGCACAAGUGCUGGUACAUCUUCACCGAGUGGACUUUGUGGCUGCAGAUAAAUGUGUCAGAGACACUUACAGUUUACCUGGGUACGAUACAAGUGAAGAUGCCAUUGCCAUGAAUACACUACUGGCGGGGUAUGAUGAUCAGGAUGAGGAUGUAGUCCACUACAUUUGUAACUUACCUUUACUGAAGUACAUGGACAAUGAUUAUGCCAAGUUGGCCAUAUCCUUGAGGGUGCCUGGAGGUGGAGUGAAGAAGAAGAAGACCCCUGCUGCACCACAAGGGGGCGCCAGUGGGGAGGUCGCACCAGAGGAGGACGACGACUAUGAGGGAGGCUUGUGUUAAGCCUCGAGGUACACAACACGAUGGUUGAAUAUUUGUUCACUACACAGUCUCGUAUUCCAUACACAAUAACAGUGUGAUAUGUGGGUUCAUAUCAGGUGAAAAGUAGACCUUUCCCCAUAUAUGGGUACAGUUUCUGAGCUCCCAGAUUCUCCCUGUCUGUGAAAACAAUGAAAAAUUCCGUUAGCCGUUAUAAAUCAGAGCUAAAUCUACUGAUACAUAAAUAUAGUAUAUAUAUAUAUAUAUCCAGAUCGCAUAUUCGUGUAUGUGUACAGUUUUUGAGGUGGAUCCUCAAUUAAAUAAGACAUCACUUAUAUGUUGAGAAAUUGUGUCCUAUUGAAAUUGUAAUGUUCUGUCAUAAUAUACAUUUGUUGGUGUCAAUCAUUGAAGUUCAUUGAAAUUGUAAAUGUGGUCGUCAUUGUAGAUUGUGUGUACAAUUGAAUUCAAAUUCUAUUCUAUUAUUUAUUAAGUCAUUAUACUUUGUCCAGGGACAAUAUUAUUGUGUAUAAUGUGAAUUUAUUGUUGUGUAGAUAUCUCAGAGAUAAUUUAUUAAGUGUUACUAUACGUACAUUGUUCAAGUCAAAUAACUGGUGAAAUAUUUUAAAAGCAUUCAGUGUCUUUUCAAUAGUGGAUGUGUACAAGAUAAGUUAUUUAAAAAUAAUUUGAUCUAACAUAGGAAAGUUGAUUUGCUCUCACAUAAUGAUUUUAGACAGUUAUGUGUCUCAAGGUUUAGCAUAUCUUUGCACUGUAGAGGGUGUGACUGGACCAAAAGUAUAUCAUUAUCUGGUAUGUAACUGAUA